GUUGCCGGGCUACCAACCUAAAUCAACAUGUUGCCAAUCUACGCGCAAGCGCGCCAAAUUUGAAUCGGGAUGCCCCCGUUUAGACUGGAAGAGCCGGAGCGGCGCCCGACGCACGGCCGCAAGCCCAAGAUCCUCUACACCAAGAACGCGUACUCGGAUGGGGUCAAAGUGGAGCAUUGGCACGAGCUGCAGGAGCACAACCCGAUAGACGUGGAUCCGUUCUGUCAAGGAAAAGUCAACUACUUUGUGAGUCAUUAUCACAGAUUGGGGACUGACAAGGACGGUUCCUACAGGACUACGACCCAGGAUAUGUUGGAACAGAGGUUCCUGACAAAGAAAGGGAGUCCGAAGAAACGCAUGGGGAACUUCUACACUUACUGUUACGGGGGUCAGCACGACUGCGUGCCUGGAGACAAACCAAAUCCGUGUCCGGAUCUUUGCGCAAGUGACUUUAGCACCACCAUGCAACACAGUUAUCAAAUGCCGAAACCCUACGUCAUACAAAGACUGGCUUUUCCGAAAAUCCCUUUCAUGCAAAACCAUAAGUUUCGCCACGAAAUACCCGACCUCAGUGAUGAGAAGUUCUACAAUGAGGACUUUCACGCAGUGACGUGCCAGAUGCGUAAACAUAAGGGUUUUCGCGGGGUUUCAUUUAACCCCAUGACGGGUGAAUACACCACAGUGCCGAAAUAAGAAA